AAAAAAAGAGCUGUGUGGGAGGGGGCGGGGAGGCUCAUGCGAGCCGCGCCGCCGCCGCCGUCGCCGCGUCGCCCUUCUCCGAGGAGCCGGCGGGGGGGGCGCGGGUCCCUUUAAGAGUGGGGACGAGCCCAGCCUCGGAGCCCAGCGAGGGAGGCGCGGCAGCGACCGGCGGCCGCGGCCGGACUGGGGAAGAUGGCAGACACGGACCUGUUCAUGGAAUGUGAAGAGGAGGAGCUGGAGCCGUGGCAGAAGAUCAGUGAUGUGAUCGAGGAUUCCGUGGUCGAAGAUUACAACUCGGUGGACAAAACCGCUGCAGUUUCGGCCAGCGGGCCGCCGCCGGCCACCCCAGUGCCGAUCGUUGCCCACGCGUCCGUCGGCAGUGGCCUCCCCACGCCCGUUAGCAGCAGCGGAGCACCCAACAGUGACAGCACAAAGAAGACGCUGGUGACUCUCUUUGCAAACAAUAGCACCGGCACACCUCUUGUUCAGCAAGGGGGGCAGCCCCUGAUCCUCACUCAGAAUCCCGCCUCUGGUCUAAGCACGGUGGUGACGCAGCCCGUCCUCCAGCCUGUCCAGGUCAUGCAGAAUGCAAACCACGUGACCAAUUCUCCGGUGACUAGCCAACCCAUCUUCAUCACAACUCAGGGUUUUCCCGUGCGGAACGUCCGCCCCGUGCAAAACACAAUGAAUCAGGUUGGGAUCGUCCUGAACGUGCAGCAAGGCCAGACGGUACGGCCGAUCACACUUGUCCCAGCCCCAGGCACGCAGUUUGUGAAACCCACCGUCGGCGUCCCUCAGGUUUUCUCCCAAAUGGCCCAGGUGAGACCUGCUCCCACCAUGCCGGUCCGACCGGCCUCCAACACUUUCACUACUGUCAUUCCGGCCACCCUGACCAUCCGGAGCACGGUUCCGCAGUCCCAAGCGCAGUCGCAAAUGAGCAUUGCGAGUUUUGUCACGGUGAAGAAGCCUGGGGUGACGGGUGAGAACAGCAACGAGGUGGCAAAGUUGGUGAAUACCCUGAACACGGUUCCUUCGUUGGCUCAGAGCUCGGGCCCCCUCGUGGUGCCGAACAACAGCCAGGCACAUGGUUCUCAGAGGACGGGCAUCUCUGAGUCUUCCUCGCAGAAAGUCAGUUCCUCGCCUAUCCCUACCUUUGACUUGCAAGACGGCGGACGGAAAGCCUGUCCUCGCUGCAAUGCCCAGUUUAGAGUCACUGAAGCUUUAAGAGGCCAUAUGUGUUACUGCUGCCCUGAAAUGGUGGAAUUCCUGAAGAAAGGGAAACCCCUGGAGUCGGAACCAAAUAUCCAAGCCCCCAAGCCCCCUUCCCCGGAGAAAACCGCCACCGUUGCUUUGCCGCCCUCCUCCACCCCCAUCCCUGCCCUGUCGCCGCCAGCCAAGCUCUCGGAGCCGAGCGACAGCACCAGUGAGGGGGUGCAGAGCAAGCUGAUCAUGCUGGUCGAUGACUUCUAUUACGGCAGGGACGGGGGCAAAGUGAACCAGCUGCUCAACUUCCCCAAGGUGCCAACGUCCUUCCGCUGCCCGCACUGUACAAAGAGGCUCAAGAAUAACAUACGGUUCAUGAAUCACAUGAAGCACCACGUUGAACUGGACCAGCAGAACGGAGAGGUCGACGUCCACACCAUCUGUCAGCACUGCUACCGGCAGUUCACCACCCCGUUCCAGCUCCAGUGCCACUUGGAAAACGUCCACAGUCCGUACGAGUCCACCACGAAAUGCAAGAUCUGCGAAUGGGCCUUUGAGAGCGAGCCUAUGUUCUUGCAGCAUAUGAAGGACACCCACAAGCCGGGGGAAAUGCCCUACGUCUGCCAGGUCUGCCAGUACCGCUCGUCACUCUACUCCGAAGUGGACACCCAUUUCCGGAUGGUGCACGAGGACACCCGCCACCUCCUCUGCCCCUACUGCCUCAAGGUCUUCAAGAACGGCAACGCCUUCCAGCAGCACUUCAUGAGGCACCAGAAAAAGAGCGUCUACCACUGCAACAAGUGUCGCCUGCAGUUCCUCUUUGCCAAGGACAAGAUCGAACAUAAGCUGCAGCACCACAAAACUUUCCGCAAACCGAAGCAGCUGGAAGGGCUGAAGCCAGGCACCAAGGUUACCAUCAGGGCCUCCCGAGGACAGCCACGGACGUUGCCCCUCUGCGCGAACGACAUGCCUCCGGGCCUUCUGCAGGAUGCUGCCUUGCUAUCGGCUUCCUCGGAUCCCCAGCCGAAUUUCCCGUACCCCCCUUUCCAGAGGAGCGUCCAGAAGAAGGCUGUCAGGAAAAUGAGUGUCCUCGGCAGGCAGACGUGCCUGGAGUGCAGUUUUGAAAUCCCAGACUUUCCUAACCACUUCCCCACCUACGUCCACUGUUCGCUAUGCCGUUACAGCACCUGCUGCUCUCGCGCUUAUGCCAACCACAUGAUCAACAACCAUGUUCCUCGCAAAAGUCCGAAAUACUUGGCCUUGUUCAAAAACUACACCGCUUGUGGAGUCCGGUUGGCCUGCUCCGCUUGUCUUUUCACAACGUCGGAGGGUGACGCCAUGGCCAAGCACCUUGUCUUCAACCCAUCUCACGAAUUCAGCAACGUCAUUCUACGAGGUCCUGCCUGGAGUUCGCAUUCAAGGCCCACUCCGCCUUUCGAACGAGGCGCAAAAGCAUCGGUCUCCACCUGCUCGCCCAGCAGACCCGCAGCUGCGCGCACGCCAUCUCCUCUGCCCGAGGAGGAGAAGGCCAAGGAGGCGCCGGGGGCGGUGCCAGAGGCGAUGCCCGAGGCCAGCAGAAGACCUCCCGUGGCGGCCCAGGAGAAUGCGGGCUCAAACGUCGACAGCCGUGAAGAGGAGCUGCCGGCAAAGGAGGUGCCCGAGUCCAUCAGCAGGAAGGAGCUGCUCUCGGUGAAGAAACUCCGGGUGGUUCUCUUUGCUCUGUGCUGUAACACCGAGCAGGCGGCAGAACACUUUAAGAACCCGCCACGGCGGAUCCGCCGCUGGCUGAGGCGCUUUCAGGCCUUCCAGGAAGAAAAUGUGGCCUCUCUGUCUGAGGGCAAGUACCUGAGCUUGGAAGCCGAGGAGAAGCUGGCCGAGUGGGUCCUCACGCAGCGGGAGCAGCAGCUGCCGGUCAACGAGGAGACCCUCUUUCAGAAGGCCACCAAGAUCGGGCGGUCUCUGGAGGGGGGCUUCAAGAUCUCCUACGAGUGGGCAGUCCGGUUCAUGCUGCGACACCACCUCAGUACGCACAACCGCCGAGCGGUGGCUCACCCCCUGCCCAAGGAAGUGGAGGAGAACGCCAGCUGCUUCAUUGGGUUCGUGCAGGGGCAGAUCCACACCCAGGACCUGCCCCUCUCCAUGAUUGCCGCCAUUGACGAGAUCUCCCUCUUCCUGGACACGGAGGUGCUCUGCAGCGACGACCGGAAGGAGAAUGCCUUGCAGACGGUGGGCACCGGCGAGCCCUGGUGCGACGUGGUCUUGGCCAUCCUGGCCGACGGGAGCGUCCUGCCCACCGUUGUCUUCUACCGGGGCCGCGUGGAGCAGGCCGCCAGCGUGCCGGAGACGGUCCUGCUUGAGGCAAAGGACAGCGGUUACAGCGACGACGAGAUCAUGGAGGUCUGGUCCUCCAAAGUGUGGCGCAAGCAUGUGGAGAACCAAAGCGGCAAAGGGAUGCUGGUCCUGGACUGCCACCGGACACACCUGUCCGAAGAGGUCCUGUCCAUGCUGAGCUCCUCCAGCACCUUGCCGGCCGUUGUCCCGGCCGGCUGCAGCUCAAAAAUCCAGCCUCUGGACGUCUGCAUCAAGAGGACUGUGAAAAACUUUGUGCACAAAAAGUGGAAAGAGCAGGCCAAGGAGAUGGCGGACUCGACCUGCGACUCGGACAUCCUGCUGCAGCUCGUCCUGUGCUGGCUGGCCGAGGCCCUGGAGGUCAUCAGUGACUGCCCCGAGCUGGUGCAGCAGUCCUUCCUGGUGGCCAGCGUCCUGCCUGGCCCGGACGGCACGGCCAACACGCCCAGCCGCAACGCGGACAUGCAGGAGGAGCUCAUUGCUUCGCUGGAGGAGCAGCUGAAACUGCGCGAGCUGCCGGAUGAGGCGGCCGGCCUGCGCGACGGGGGGCCUGCGGAGGAGCCCGCCAGCCCCGAGAUCCUGCACCAGCUCUUCGAGGGGGAAAGCGAGACCGAGUCCUUCUACGGCUUCGAGGACGCAGAUUUGGAGCUGAUGCAGGUCUGAGCGCCGCGGGAAAGAAGGGAUCUGUUUCUCUCUCUUUUUUAAUUCAUUGUUGGAAGAGACCAUUUUUCUACUUCCUGUGGAUUGUGGGUAUAGGAGACAAGUAGGUGAACACACAGACUAAUGAUCGCCCUGUAUGCUGUUCAGUUUCUAAAAGCAAAGCAAAGCAAAGCAAAAAACGUGCUUUUUUCCCCUUAAAUCACUGUUGUGGCAUUUCCUGAAGAUAGAUUGUGGGUGGAUUUACUAUUUUUUGUUUUUGUUUUUGUUUUGCAUUUCCUUUACCUCACUGUAUUAUAGUUUCUGGGUUUUUAUUUUGUUGUGUGUGGUUUUUUUGUUUUUGUUUUGCUUUUGUUUUAUACUGUGCAAAAAAGUUUUUAAUUAUACCACAUUAUCAAUGUGACUUUUUUUGGGGGGGGGGGAAGACAACGAAAACUGCUAAGUAUAGCUGAUGAAUGAUUUCUCAAUCCCACUCUUUUUAUUUGUCAUAGCAGAUUAUUUUUCUGUUAACCUUUGGGCCUGGAAAUGUAGAUUUCUGGGUAACUUUUUUUUUCUCUUAGCUGUGAGUAAUUACUUUAACGUUUGAAGCGCUCUAAAGCUGCCCACAAAAAUUUGAGACGGCUUUAUUGAAAAAAGAAGAGAACAGCAAUUAAAUGCGGGCAUGAGGAGGAGGAGGAGGAGGGGCAAAUCCCUUAGGUUUUUGUCGCCAGCAGAUUGCUCUACGAACUUAACGUGGAAGUACCGUAAGGGUUGAACAAAAAAUCCACUCGUAGAAAAUUCCCCGGAUUUCGUAGCAGUUGACGCAAAAAGGUUUCCUGUCCCCAGUGGCGAAACCAUCACUUCGACCUGUUCCUUUGAAUUGCUAGAAAGGGGACACCGGGGCAGGUCACGCCCUGCUGUGGCCACCUUUCUCCGCGGCCGACUGCGAGCGGAUUCUCUUAACGGACCGCUGACACCGCCGCCGAAAAGCGACCGCAAGCUACCGAAGCCUGUUUCCCCCGAAGACGUCGAGACACUACGUUCCCUGAAUUUAGUGCCGCAACUGAACCCAGCUGUGACAUGCACAAAAACGAGGGGAAAUUCCUGUUUUAUUUUUCACUGCCAGCAUAAAAACAGACAAAAAAGAGAGAGAGAUGUUUUUCUACUGUUUGCAUGUUUGAGAGUUUUUUAAAUGGUAACGUAUUAUGGUCUAAAUAAUGAAAACAUUUUGACAUAGAAAAAAAAAACCACCCACCCACCCACCCUCCCGCCUUGUCUACCUUUUCUGUUUUUCCUUUGAGGUUGAAAAAAAAAAUCUCCCUCGCCUCCCCCCCCCGUCCCCCCAACUCCCAAAAGCCAAACUCAAGGGAAGCAGGAAGUAGGGUGGGCUGACCUGUAAAUGGUUCAAUCUUUAAAAUGUACAUAUGUGGAACAUUUAAUAAAGCCAGGGAAAUGGAUUUAUAAA